AUGACGGCCGGGAGGAACGACUCGCAGGCCCCAGCAGACGCCGAGCUGGCGCGUUACCUCGCAGCUGCAGGCUCAGCUCACUCCAAGGUAGGAAACCUCGAGCAGGCCGCGAACUUCUACGAGGAGGCUCUGGAGGUCUACCACCGGUCGCUCGUGCCCAAUCAUCCCUCCAUCGCCGCCUUGCUCAACAACUUCGGCGUGCUGUAUGAGCACAUGGGCGAGUACGACAGAGCUAUGGAGAUGCAUGAGAAGGCGCUGGGGAUGCGGCAGGAGGUGCUGGGGGAGUGGAACACGGACGUGUCGGUCUCCCUCAACAACCUCGCGAUCCUCCACAGGCGGUUGGGCAACUACAAGCAGGCGCUGCCGCUCUACGAGAGGAGCUUGGCGAUCCGCCAGCGGUCGCUGGGGGAGACGCACGUGGCAGUCGCAGUCUCGUUGAACAACCUCGGCCAGUGCUAUCGGCACAUGGGAGAACCGCUCAAGGCUCUGCCGAUGCACGAGCAGGCUCUCAAGAUCUUCGAACAAGCUCUGGGUGCAAACCAUCCCAACGUCACAGCAGCCUUGAACAACCUCGUCUCUCUCCUGGAGCAGCUCGGCCGCUACGACGAGGCUCUUCCUCUAUACGAGCGACGCUUGGCCGUCGACACAGACUAACGCAAACCAGGAUAGCCGCUCACAGUCUGAAGUCUUUAGUGUCUUGUCAUGAACUUGUAAUGAAGAUUUUACAUGCC